CAGUUACUGAAGAUGACGAAAUUCAGACCUUGCAUUGACUUACACUCCGGACAAGUCAAGCAGAUUGUUGGUGGUACGUUGACUACUGCUUCGGCUGACCUCAAAACGAAUUAUAUCUCCAAGUUACCCGCCAGCCAUUUCGCGAAGCUCUACAAGGACAAUGGGUUAGCUGGUGCGCAUGUCAUCAUGCUGGGACCAGGCAAUGAAAAGGCUGCCAGAGAGGCAUUAUUGGAGUGGAGAGACGGGCUGCAGAUUGGAGGUGGUAUCACGGAUGAGAAUGCAAGGCAAUGGAUUGAAUGGGGUGCUGAAAGGGUCAUAAUAACCUCUUUCCUCUUUCCGUCUGGCAAGUUCUCACAAGAGCGUCUCCAUUCUGUCCUCAAAGCUCUCGGAGGCGACAAGGAGAAGCUUGUCAUUGAUCUUAGCUGCCGGCGAAAGGACAAUACUUGGUUCGUCGCAAUGAACAAAUGGCAGACCAUCACGGACAUGGAAGUAAAUGAAGCAUCCAUCAAAUCCCUCGAACCCUACUGCUCAGAGUUUCUGAUCCAUGCAGCCGACAAUGAAGGUCUCCAGAAAGGCAUCGACGAGGAGUUGGUCGAGAAGCUGGCACAAUGGUGCAGUAUACCGGUAACAUAUGCAGGCGGAGGGAGAAAUCUCCAAGACUUAGACCAUGUCAAGCUGUUGAGCAAUGGCCGGGUCGACUUAACAAUUGGUAGUGCUCUUGAUGUCUUCGGCGGAUCAGGAGUCACCUUUGACGAAUGUGUGCGAUGGAACCAGGCACAAUUGAAGCCCUAUAAUUAUCACGGCUCACGAACUUGUUUUUGAUUGAGUGAUCCAGACUGCAAAUUCUAGCAAUUUGUG